GACAGGAGCCGCCAUGUUUCCUCCAGCAGAGGGCGUCGUAUUCUAGUAACUCCAGGCUACACUAAUGCGGUUUGCUAGUCGGAAGUACAGCUAAUUUCCACUGAAUCUCUGUGGCGUCUGACACAUAUGGAUAGACGUGUGUGAUAAAAUGGAGACCAGCAAUUAUGCCGCAACCCAGGGUGAAGCUGGUGGUUACGGGAGAUGAUUUUGGCUACUGUCCCAGGAGGAACCAGGGAAUUGUGGACUGCUUCCAGGCUGGAGGCAUCUCCAAUGUGUCACUGCUGGUUAAUGCCUCUGCUGCCAAAGAGGCAGCCGAUCUGGCUAAAAGACACAACAUCCCCAUCGGUCUCCAUGCCAACCUGUCAGAGGGCGUUCCAGUGUGUCCAAGCCUCCAGCAGGCUUCCACACUGAUUAACCAGCGGGGCUUCUUCCUUGGGAAGACGGGCUUCCGUCAGGCCCUGGAGAGAGGGCAGCUCAGCAUGAAUCAGGUGGAUCUGGAGCUGAGGGCCCAGGUGAGGCUGUUCAGAGAACUGACAGGUCACCUGCCUCACCACAUGGACGGACACCAGCAUGUUCAUGUACUGCCAGAGGUGCGUGAGGUGUUUGCACAGGUCUUGUCAGACCUCAGGAUCCCAUACACUCGUGUUCCAGUGGAACCAGGUUUACAGAGCUGCCCGUGGUUGCCAGCACACAUCCAAAGAUUCUACACACAGGUGGAGAAGGAUGCUCUGGACUCCAUCUCAGUCUUCAGACGCUAUGGAAUCAGGUGGCCAAACGUGUACCUGGGACUGACGACCAUGGGCCAGAACAUGUCCGUCCCCAACCUGCAGCGAGCCCUCAGCCACGUUCUGGCUGCGGGGCCCUCAGGCACUACCUCCAGCAGCGCAUCAGGCUCCAAUCAACCUGUGGUCACCGCAGAGCUAAUGGUCCACCCAGGUUACCCCAGUCACCCCCAGGAGGGAGGCUGUGGAGAGGGCCCUGAUGACUUCUCCCAGUCAGCUGACAGACAGCACGAGCUGAGCGUGCUCAGAGACCCGUCCCUGCAGGCCCUCUACAGCCAGGAAAGAGUGCAGCUCUGUGCCUUCAAAGACCUCUGACCACUGCACAAGCAUCUAUUUAUACUAAAGAGAACCAGCGUGGACCCAGGUUCCCAGGUUCUGUUCCAGUGGUUUAAAACAGCAUCAUUCAGAGUCAAACUAACUUUUACAAUAACACAACUAGCUCUAAAUCAGCAACGAUAACCCUGUAAUUAUAAUGAACCGUCUGUGAUGUGGGGGCUACAUGUGUCUAACAGGAAAUGGUGAAUUUUAAACAACCAACAAUGUAAUAUGAACACCAUUUCCCAUAAGCCCAAAGCACAGGUUUAAGACAGUGUUCACUGCCAUGCUGGUUAAUUGUUACUAAUGAGUCAUUAACUUAGUUAAAAUCAUGAAGGACUGAAACCCAGGAACACAUUCUACCUUUUCACAAUAAAUCAUGAAGGAACCUUCAAUGAUAUACUGAACUGAGUCACAGAGGGUAGACAGGAAGUAGCAUCAGGACUACAGAUCGGUAUAGACAGGAAUCAGUGGUCUCAGGACUACAGCUCUCUGUAGACAGGAAGUAGCAUCAGGACUACAGAUCGGUAUAGACAGGAAUCAGUGGUCUCAGGACUACUGCUCUCUGUAGACAGGAAGUAGCAUCAGGACUCCAGCUCUUUGUGGAUAGGAAGUAGCAUCAGGACUACAGAUCUCUGUGGAUAAGAAGUAGCAUCAGGACUACAGAUCUCUGUAGACAGGAAGUAGCAUCAGGACUACAGAUCUCUGUAGACAGGAAGUAGCAUCAGGACUACAGAUCUCUGUGGAUAAGAAGUAGCAUCAGGACUACAGAUCUCUGUAGACAGGAAGUAGCAUCAGGAGUACAGCUCUCUGUAGAUGGGAAGUAGCAUCAGGACUACAGCUCUCUGUAGACAGGAAGUAGCAUCAGGACUACAGCUCUCUGUAGACGGGAAGUAGCAUCUCUUCACACUGACUGUGACACAAACACUACUAAGAACUACAGUGACCUACAAACUGGAACAUUUUCUGUACAGUGUUUAGAGGUGAACAGGUGUUUGUUAUGAAAGCCAUACUCAGUGCUGCUGUACACUGCUCUGACACAGACCACUGUACUGCACUACUUACAAGCCCCUCUUUCCACAUAUUUAUAAUGUAGUUUUGUCCUUUAUCAUCCACUGUGACUGUUCUGUGAUCAGUCUGUAGUGAUAUCACCAUGUCUGCACAUCUGAGCUUUAACAUGGGGAGUAAAACAUUAUAAUUACUGAUAAAUGAAACUAAAGUAAUAAGACUCAUGUUUUAAUAAUUUUCUUUACCAUGACUUAUCUGAUCUUGAGGUCCAUGUCUCAUACUACCACACAGCAGUCUGGGGUUGGGUGGUCCUGUACCAUAGAAGAGUUGUGGGGUAACAGGCCCAGCAGACUAUCUCUGCCUCAGAGGCCUUUACCAGGUUUAUGAAGCCACGUGGUGUUUGGAGGGAUGAUCUCCAGCGAUCUCAGGUCUGUGUUGCACAAGUAGCACUGAACAUCUCAUCACCUGCCAGGUGUGUUUAACAAUCACCUCUAACAAUACAGUUUAAGUGUAAUAUUUAUAGUCUGGGUAUUUAAAUUUUUAUAUUUGGUUUAGUUUCUGUUGAAACUUUUUAUGCACUGCUGUUUGAAUUAAAGGUUGUAACUGAGCUUCUGACAGUGUGAGCCAAUAAAUGAUGUCAAACUCAAA